GUCACUCUAAACGAGACGGAUAACAAAAUCGGACGUUGGCUGCGCGUCGCUCCCGAAAAAAACUGUUAAUUUGUGGACGCUUUUUCGCGAGUGCAGACAUAAAUAAAACCAACAUGUCUUCUGCUCCAUUCCAGACUAGAUAAUCGGUUAUAUCGAAGCCAAAUAGUGCAAGUGCUAAAUCCGCUAGCAAAAUAAAAGUGUCGCCCUGCGUCGGCGAAGAAAUGUUGAAUGGACAGUCGCGUCUAACAAAAAAACAAGUACACACAACCAACGAAUGCACAUAAACAAGACGAGACAGCAAAGGCAGAAUUGAGUGAAAACCUAUUUUAAAACACCAGAGCUAUAUUUAUUUUGUUGACGCUUAGGAUUUUCGGUGUACGCAUUUGAAUGUCUGCAAGUGCGUGUGAGUGCGCGAGUGUAAUUGUGUGGGUUGCAUACCACCGCGAAUGCGAAUAACUGCAAUUGCAAUAGAGAGCAGACACAUACACACACAUACAUAAUUGGAUUAUGGCCACACGGCAAUAAGAACAGGAAAAGAGAGAGGAAAAAGCAGUCGUCAAAACCAAACGGACUUCCAACUGCUAGCGCUUCCAGUGCAGCUUCCACUACAACUGCAACGUGCCAAGAAUCGAAGAACAAUCCAAUACAUUCCAAGUUCUGAUAAUAAAUAAACAAGCAACUAAGUACACAAGUUUUUAUUACGAAGUAAACGCAACGGUGAUUGAUAGUUAGUACUCCGAAUUUAUUUUUUUGUUGUUUCAAAAUUUGAAAAGUUGUCAAACUCGGACCUAUGGGUCCAAUAAAUGUUUCGUGCUACGUUCCAUAAACAUAAACAAACACUAAAAAUAGCAUCCGUCGUGCCCGUCUAUCUAGCCGUCGCGUUAACCCGCCAAUCAUUGUGUUAUCAUGGACUAGGCCCCACUGCUCCAGCAUCAGACACACAAUACAAAUCCAAACUCGAGAUCCCACAGAGAUCCCCAUAUACCCACCCACAAGCAGGCAAGGUCGCCCAACGCCAGAUACAAACCAACAACUUUACAUACACAUCCGGAUACGACAGCAACAUACGUCGUAGCUGAUAAACAUGAGCCUGAAUCAGCACAGUGGUCCCGGUCCGCCGUCGGAGAUCUGCGGAUUAUCGGUGGACCAGGUGGACGCCACCAUGACCACCGCCUUCUCCUUUGUCUGGCCCAGCACAGCGGGUAUGUGCAGUACCAAUACAACAUCAUCAUCUUUAUUAGCACCACCACCUGCAAGUGCAGCAUACAAAGGUAACAUAAGCAAUGGAGAUGCCACCAGUGAAGCUACAAUGAAACAUCAACCGCUUCACAAUGGCGGAUGGAUCGGGAACGGUCUGCCGCCGGCGCCCGUGACACGGACUAUAUCAUCGGAUCGCCUUGUCACCGGGAGUUCGUGUCGGGCGCUCCGUACCGCCGUCUCAGCAUUAUACUCCGUGGAUGACUUCGUCAAGGAGAAAAUUGGAUCGGGAUUCUUCUCGGAGGUUUACAAGGUCACACAUCGUACAACCGGGCAGGUGAUGGUGCUCAAGAUGAAUCAGUUGCGGGCCAAUCGACCCAAUAUGCUGCGAGAGGUGCAGCUCCUUAACAAGCUCUCGCAUGCGAAUAUACUGAGCUUUAUGGGCGUUUGCGUGCAGGAGGGCCAACUGCACGCCCUGACCGAGUACAUCAACGGCGGCUCCCUGGAGCAGCUACUGGCCAACAAGGAGGUGGUGCUCAGCGCCACACAGAAGAUAAGACUGGCGCUGGGUAUAGCGCGCGGCAUGUCCUACGUCCACGACGCCGGCAUAUUUCACAGAGAUCUGACGAGCAAGAAUGUACUUAUUCGCAAUCUGGCCAACGAUCAGUAUGAAGCCGUAGUGGGUGACUUUGGUCUAGCCGCGAAGAUACCAGUUAAAUCCAGAAAAUCACGCCUGGAGACUGUUGGAUCACCGUAUUGGGUGAGUCCGGAGUGCCUGAAGGGCCAGUGGUACGACCAGACGAGCGAUGUCUUCUCCUUCGGCAUCAUCCAGUGCGAGAUUAUAGCCCGCAUUGAAGCGGAUCCUGAUAUGAUGCCGCGCACUGCUUCGUUUGGAUUGGACUAUCUGGCUUUUGUUGAGCUGUGUCCCAUGGAUACACCCCCCGUCUUUCUACGCCUGGCCUUUUACUGCUGUCUGUACGAUGCUAAGAGCCGCCCCACUUUCCACGAUGCCACCAAAAAGUUGACUCUGCUCUUGGAGAAGUACGAGCACGAGUCGUCGGCCGGAGCGAGUCCACUUAGUUCCCUGGAGUUGAUCACCUGUUCUCCAGGAGGCAGCGACACGGAGAAUGUAACGAUGACAACUUCCAGGGCAUCAGCACCAACGGUGGCCACCAUUUGCACUGCUCCAGCUGGCACUCUAACACCACGCCAUCUGAAAGAAGUCGAUGAGGACGGCUUUCGAUUCCCGAGUAAAAAGUCUGCCUCGGCUGCGCUGCCCUGCACGCCAAAUGGAUCAGCCGGAAGCAAUGGGUUUGAUGACCAUGUAUUGAAGUCUAGGGUGCGACGGGCCACUCAGAAAUUGGAGGCCGAGAUCCUGCUGCACCGGCGCUCGCUGAGCGAGAACAUUAUCCACUUUCCCAUGCACACGUCACCCAGCGACAAGGCGCGGUGUCAUCAGAUGCAGCGCCAACGUUCCUCCACUCACUCACCAACGCCACCAAGGCAGCUAACUUCGGUGCAAUUGCCCGCCACGGCUAUUCCAGAUCCGCCACCACUUCCUCAACCAGUUCCAGCGGUUCUUACGCUGCGCAAGGUGGGCGAAACGAUGUGUCUGAAGGAUCCACAGUACAAGCCGACAUCUGAAAAGGAUCACAAUGGCUCUAAACCGAAUCCGUUCGAAGCGCUGGCGCAGCUGCGGGGCGUUAAGAAGAUCCUGGACGCCAAUCCAAAGACCUAUGCAGCAGGAGUAGGAGACCUAUUCAGUUCAUGCUUCGAGAUGCUGGCGCCGUUCUUCAAGGAAUUGGCCGCCAUGCAGAGCAAGGCGGUCGCACAGGGUGGAGGAACGAGUACGGAUGAAUCAGCAGCUGGAAUCCCGGCUGCCACGGCAACACCAGCAACGCCCAGUGAACCAAAGAGCCUUCCGGUGUCACCGCAUAUGACGCGAAAGUACAGCGCCAUCGAACUAAGACUACCGCAGCGGAUAAGCAAUGCUGCUCCUCCAGUUACGAGUGCCCCACCACCACCAACAGCAGAAACAUUACCAGCGGAAGAGGAUGAUUGCGAUGAUUGUACCUCAGAAGGGGAGGAUCCAGAUGGUGGCGGCAACUGUGCGGAUGCCGAAUCCAGCAGCGAUGACAGUGCUGUGCGACCGUCCACCGUGCCAACGGCUCGGAAAUAUCGCGCGAAUUCCUUGUACACGCAUCCGCUUUUUCGUGGCCCCAAUGGCACCAGCAUGAAAAGUACCAGCACCAGCGAAUUUGAGAGUCCAGCUCUACUGAAAGCCAGUGCGUCGACCAUUACGUUGACUGCCUCAGUGGGUGCGUCUAAUUCCUGUGAGGAUCUGACUGAAAACGCCAAGAAAUCGAAAGACCAAACGAGUUGCAAUGCAACGCCCACAGCCCUAGCCUCCCCCACUCCCAUAUCCGGCUGCUCAGCGCGGUUGGUAGAAACUCCGGCGUCCGUUUCAUCCUGCACGGAUCAUGAGCUCGACGAACUGAAGAACACCUGCGACCUGAACGAUCUGAAGAACUCGUGCGAGCAGCUUCCCUUGAAGACGAACCUAACGAGACGGGACUCCAUAGAAAGCGGUUUCUUUUCGUGCUUCAACGAAGAGUCGGAUGCGGCGAUAACAAACAACAGUUUCGGCCGGCAGCUGAACGGGAUUGGGUCGUUGGGGUUUGGUUGCGGCGGCGGGGGCAACAGUAGCAACUGUUGCUACGAGAAGUUGAAGACGCAGCUAAUGCUCGAUGCAUGCGUCAGCGCAGAUAGUGAAAUCAACGAUAAACUUGCGAGUCUGUGUCGCUGCUGCUACUAUGCCACCUCCACAUCGAAUGCCGCCGUAACUGCUGCCGCUGCUGCGGCCCAACAACAACAGCAGAACCACGACACAUCCUCGACCUCGUCGUCGGUGCUGCUCAUCGACAACGAUCCUGCGCUGAUCGGUGGGAACACCUCAUCAUCCACAGCGCUGGACUCGAUGGACGACUUGGACCCCGAUAUUGUGGCAUCGCGGCCCACACACCAGCGACGCUAUACGUGCCACCAUGCCUUGCUGAGUGGAAAUGGUAGUGAUUCCCAGAUGGCGGCUACGGCAGGCCUGAUUAACCGGCUGGCCUUGGACUCUGAGAUUCACACGCUACUACAGCGAAGUCCAUUUGCAACGAACCAACUGUUGUAUUGUAAGAACCGAACUUCGUCCAUAUACACGGAUAGCUCAGAUGACAUAAGCAGCUUAGCGGGUUCCGAUUCACUGCUGUGGGAUGACCGCUCCUUCACGGCGCUGCCUAGUACGAGAUCAGCGCAGAUCGCCAAGAUUGUAGAGUAUUUUGAGAGGAAGCGACAGGACUCCUCGCCUCCAUCGAUGCACCAUCGCAAUGGCAACGGAACGGUGGCUGCUGCUGUAGCCGCGUCAGCGCUGGGAUCCAAUUACCUUUCGUACGAGUCACGUCGAUAUUCGGACUUCAAGCGGCACCUGAAUCCGGAUGCCCUGUGCUUCGAUCUGGACAAGAAACCAGCGCAGCAAAGGAUGAUGGUGUGCGAGGGUGCGGUCAGAUCAAAGCUUCCAAUUUUCGAUAAGAAAAAGCAACAGCAGGGCGGAUAGCCCAGAAUAUGUUAUGGAAACCCAGACCUGAUUCAUAUUUAAUAACUUAUUUGUUCAGUCACCUUAAGACUUAGUUAGAUUCUGUGAGAUUUGUAUCCCCAUAUACGAUUCCUUUAUAAUGGCCGUUCCGCUUGAUAAGAAUACAAAAAAAAAAAAAAUAAUCGCAAAAUAGUUUUGCCCACAAAAGUUGGUUAGUUUUCGAUGCCGAAAAGUUUAAUUUGUAAGUUGAUAGUUUAUUUCCUUAUUGUCAUGUGAAUAGAGCGCAAUUGCAAAUAAGCCAAAAUGUUUUACUAAGAAAUUAAGCAUGCCCUUAACAGUAAGAGAACCCACUUCGUUUCUAUUAGUUUGAGAAUUGUAUCUAAUUAACAUUUAUGUGCAUAUACAUAAACAUAAUCAUAUGUCGUACUGGUUCCUAGUCCUUCAAAUUUACAUUGCUACAUUAUAUUAUGCUAAAUUAGCGAGUAUUCAGAAACCAAUCAUGGAAAGUAUUUAUUCUUAAUAAUUAAACCUGUCGCUGGUAAACUCCUACGAAAAUGGCAUAGCUGUUCUUUAUACAUACAAUUUUCACAUAUUAUUAAAUUUAUCGCGCUAUUUAUUUGAUUUUGUCUAAACUCUGUAUAAAAAGAUUAUGUUUUAAAUACAAUACAAAUAUACAUACAUAUACAUAUACAUAAAAUGGCAUAUUGCAAUACAUACAUUUUACCUGUAACGAUUAAUUACCACUUAAGGUCAAAGUUAAAUAUCUAUUUAGACUUAUCUACUUGAGGUUUUAAGACUUGAAACCCCUUCCCCCUCAGAAAUUGUACAGAUGAUCCCGGAUCAAUUCGAACAGCAAGACCAUUUACAUUGGCCAAACCCGUUCGGCUUAAUCACGACUUAGAAAUUUAGUUUAAGUAUUUACGUUACAAAUAUAUGUGGGUAUCUGCAUUACAAAUAAAUACAUAUGUAUACAUUAAACCCAGCAGAUCAAUAUCAUACAUUGGCUAAAAGAUUUCAGAUUUUAUAAAGAAUGUAUUAUGGUA